UUCCUGCACUCGACAGUCGGCGAGCAGCCACCGGCCGCGUUGACGCAUGCGCGCUGCGGCUUACCACGAUUUACGUAUUUGUUUACCACACAUUCACGUAGUUCCGAAUGGUGCAGUUGUCCCUCAUUGUAAAAAUACAAUUUUUAAUGUAAAGUACAUGUUGAUUGCUUGUGCUUUUGAAGUAAAAUAUUAUUAAAAAAUAGCAACAGUUACUGGACUGUGGAACAGCGGAUUUAGUCCGUUUUUUAACCAGCUGGAUCACGUAACAGCCCGCGGUGGAUGUGCACGUGAGCGAUGGGAUGCGGCGGCAGCGGCGGCGGGCGACGCUGCCGACGUGGCUGGCGGCGGCGGCGCUCACCGCGCUGCUGCCACCGGUCUGCGCUGACCUCAUCUUCCGCGUGCCUGAAGUCGUGGUACAACACGCAGCUGCGUCCAAGCCCGUCGGGACCGGGAAGCCUAAUAGCACGAAGACCAACGACAGCGAGCAGUGGAGCCCCGAGGACAGCAUCUACGAGGUCCGCUACGAGGAGUACUACGUGGAACAUGACGUGUCCACAGCAGACGCGAGGCGAGCCGCCAGGUCGCUUAAAUUAGAAGACGUUCCAGAGACGCUGGUGGGGUGUGGCACGUGCAGCCGCCGGGAACUAGAGUACUGCGAGACGCGUGUGCUCGCCGACCACUGCUGCUGCGAGCGGCAGGUGAUGCCAGAGCCGUUCCCCUGGCUGCCGCACACCUGCUACAUCGGCCCGCGGCGCUGUCGCCCCCUGGCGCACGACUGCGCCCAGUACAAGCGCAUCCGAGAAUGUUGCUGCACCAGGAAGCUCGCUGAGAGAUGGAAGAGCAUUCUAUCAAAAUCGACACGCCUCGGCGUGAGCGGAGCGUCUCUCCUUCUUCUGUCGAUGCUGCUGUUCGUAGCGUACCUGUGACACGGGCAUCCCCAGCGGGUCCUGCCAGGUCCUGCUCAUGUGUAGUCAUCUACAGGUUGAUCUAUCACCGCCACGUCCAUGUUCCAUUUUAAAAAAGUGCACUUUUACCUAAUAUGCAGGAAACUGCAGUGCACUCAGUGGCAUCAGGUUACAAAGUGCUUGAGGCUCAUUGUUAAAGCCCCGGUUACGUAUUUGUGUUGUUAUAGUGUAGUAGAUUAUUGCAGUCUUUCUUUACCCACGCGUUGCACUUUUUACUGUAAAUACUGCAAGAAAAUUUAUACUGGUAUCACGCAUAUGUGUGGAUACGAUCCUGUAUCUCACCAACAUUAUCUAGACCAUAUGCAUAUAGAUGGAUUAUGGCCUUAAAAACAGUCAACUAACAGUCGACUGACGAGUCGUAUUUUAUACUGCACGAACGCCUUCAUUUUCUUUUAUAUAUUUAAGACCAGAAUAAUAAAUAAAUAAACCUUUACAGCAUAGUCUGUUACUUCGCUAAAGUCGUUUUUCGUGCUGCAAAUAGGACAUUAAAGGACAGGGUAAGAGACUAGACUAGGAUUACGUUCCAUCGUUCCAAGUUAUGGAACUGAAAGUUUAGUAUUGAUAAAUAUAAAUAAAUAAAAUGUUGACUAAAUGAUUUGUAUGAAAAAAAAAAUUCGCCAGUUAUAAUAUAAUCGUAGGUCCAAUUUAAAAAUGAGUACCAUGCGUUAAAAAUGAGCGCCAUUUUUUUUAAAUCGGCCGUUUCGUCGUCGCGUUUUUAGAAGGAUACGUUAUCUAGAUGUUAUUCAUCUAAGAUAAUGUCAUAAAUUUACCAAAGUUUGAAAUGACUACAGUGAGUUAUGGUUUUAUUAGAAAAUUUUAUAAUUAAUUUUGUAAAUAUGUGUUUGUUCUCUGUCGGUGUAUUUGCUUCAUUGAAUUAUGAUUAAGAAUAUUGUAUAUAUAUAUUUAUAUUUGUAUAUUAUGACGAGUACUGUAACAUAGCAUUUAAUGUU